AUGCUCCCCAUCGUCAUAUCGCAGACGGCAAUGAACGAUUCACGUGAUCGCAGCGAUUCACCACUUUUACGACGGGCCAUUGAAGAAAAGGAAAUGCAAUCACUUCACAAGGAAACGCCGAGCACUGGUAUUGAGGGCCUCGCAUUUGAGGAAACGCUAACAAGGGAAGGAUACUUGGUCGCAGUGGCCAUUCAAGAUGAGAUGCAUACCACCGUAAAUUUUCCAAACGCUGAUCUCAAAUCUGUGUUCCAAAUCUGA